GUAGACACAUUAGUGCAAUUCCAGAAAGUUCACUGAAAAACUGCGAAUGAAUCAUAAAAUUGCAUGGUCCGCUUAUGUGAAUGGUCUGCGAAUGAAUCAAAGGCGGGAUAACCAAAAUAAUUUACGGGUAAAUGGCACCAGUUUUUCCGGCCGGCGCGCGCAAGAUACGAUCAAGGUAGUCCGACACCAUAAAUAGUCCAAUUCGACGGCCCAAUUAUGCCUCUUUAAACCCCGUACUAUAUUCUCCUCUGUGAUCAGCCUCUCGACCUCUUGAUUCUUGAACCCUAAAAUUAUACAGAGAAGAGAGAAAUGGGUAAGAAGGUAAAGGGAGGUGCUAGGUUAGACAAAUACUAUCGUCUAGCCAAAGAACAAGGUUACAGGUCUAGAGCAUCAUUCAAAUUACUCCAACUAGAAUCAAAAUUCAAUUUUCUAGAAUCAGCUCAUUCUGUAUUGGAUCUUUGUGCUGCACCUGGUGGUUGGAUGCAAGUUGCUGUUAAAAAAGUCCCAGUUGGUAGUUUUGUUCUUGGAGUUGAUCUUUAUCCUAUUAAACCUAUUAGAGGGGCUAUUUCGAUUAUAGAAGAUAUUACUACUGUUAGGUGUAGAGCAACUAUAAAAAAGCUUAUGAAAGAAAAUGGUGUUAGAAGUUUUGAUGUUGUAUUGCAUGAUGGUUCUCCUAAUAUUGGUGGUGCUUGGGCUCAAGAAGCUACGGUUCAGACGUCUUUGGUUGUUGAUGCUGUGAGGCUCGCUACAGAAUUUUUAUCACCUAAAGGAACUAUUGUUACUAAGAUAUUCAGGUCCCAAGAUUACAAUAAGGUCCUGUACUGUCUUAAUCAGUUAUUUGACAAAGUCGAAGUGACUAAACCAAUUGCCAGUCGUUCCACAUCUGCAGAAACCUACAUUGUGGGUAAGAAAUAUAAAGCUCCUGCAAAGAUUGAUCCCCGUCUGCUCGACGUGAAGUAUUUGUUUGAUGUUGAACAGGAAAACCGUAAGGUGGCGAAUGAUGUUCUCGGGAAACCAGUACCAAUACCCCGAGUAGGGUACGAAAAAGAUAUGUCAGUGUUGAGGACGAUUGUUCUGGCAUCAGACUUUGUGUGGUCUGAGAUCCCUCUUGAAGUUCUCCAGACAGCUACUUCCAUAUCCUUCAAGGAUCCUGCCUGCAUACCAUUGAAAGAUCAUAUCUUAACCACUGAAGAGGUGAAGGCGCUAUGUGAAGAUCUGCAGGUUUUGGGAAAGACAGACUUCAAGCAUCUGAUGAAGUGGAGGAUAGGUUUGAGAAAAGCACUAUCCCCUACGCAAAAGGCUAUUCCUAAACCUACUGAUGCUGAUGAUGAAAAUAAGGCUGUUGACGACGGCGACGAUGAUGGUAAGAUGCUUAAGGAAAUGGAAGAGCUGACAUACGCUAUGGAGCGCAAGAAGAAACGUGCAAAGAAAGUUGCUGCGAGAAGACAAGCUAAGGAUAAAUUACGUAAAUCAACCGGGAUGCUGGUAGAUGCACUGGAAGAUGGUUAUGUUGAUGAUGAGUUGUUUUCUCUUUCAUCUAUCAAGGGAAAGAAGGAUCUAGAAGCUGUUGACUCAGUCAAUUAUGAAGAUGGGAAUUUAGGAGAUAGCGAGAAUGAUGAGUAUGAGACUAGUACCCAAAAUGAUCCAUCCAGUGAUAUUGACGCUGAUGAAGAGAAAAAGCGGUAUGAUGAGCAAAUCGAGGAUUUCCUUGAUGAAGCUUACGAACAAUAUAUAACUAGAAAAGAAGGAAGUUCUCAGCAGCGAAAGCGUUCUAAGAAGGCCUUCGAUGAAAAAGAGCUGUAUAAGGGUGACGAUGCUGUUGAAUUAGAGCAUGAUUCUGACAGAGAAAUGGUACCUAGUGAAGUGAAUCCUUUAGUGAUCUCUCUUCAAGAGGAGGAAGCACAAACACAAGAACAGGUUACACAGCAAUGGUUUAGUCAGGAUAUCUUUGCUGAAGCUGCAGAAGUUGGAAACAUCUGGGGGGAAAUGGAGAGUGAAAAUGAAAUGGAAGUAGAUAUAAAAGAGAAUCUGUCGGUGCAUUCCAACAAUUUCGAACUCCCUAAAACCCGAGUUUCUAAAGCAGCAGACGAUGACUUUGAGGUCGUCCCAGCUGCUAUUACGGACUCGAGUGACGACUCAUCUGCAUCGUCAUCCUCCAACGAAUCAGAUGAAGAAGAUAACGAUAAGAAGGCCGAGAUACUAGCCUCUGCAAAGAAAAUGCUGAAGAAGAAACAGAGGGAGGCAUUACUUGAUGACGCUUACAACAGGUACAUGUUUGACGAUGAUAAAUUGCCCCCAUGGUUUCUUGAAGAGGAAAAGAGGCACAGACAACAAAUGAAGCCUGUAACGAAAGAAGAAAUUGCUGCAAUGAAGGCACUUUAUAAAGAGAUUGAUGCUCGGACUCCAAAGAAGGUUGCACAGGCUAAAGCUCGAAAGAAGCGGGUUGCUUUGAGGCAGCGUGAGAACGUCAGAAGGAAAGCAAACACCAUUUCUGACCAGACUGACAUCACUGACAUGUCAAAGAGCAAGAUGAUUGACAAACUUUAUAGGAAAGCAGCCCCGAAGAGGCCAAAGAAGGAAUAUGUUGUUGCAAAGAAGGGAGUCCAAGUUAAAACCCCUGGCAAAGGAAAGGUUCUAGUCGACCGACGGAUGAAGAAGGAUAAGAGGGCGCGUACGCGUUGAUUCAGUGAUUCCUAAUUUAUAGAAUUCUGUGAGCCAGUUUUUUUUUUUGUUACUGUUUGCUGUUAGAAAACCGUACCAUAAGAAUGAAUGUUUUAUUUGUCGUAA